AGUUAACAAGCACAAGCCCUGGCUGGAGCCCACCUACCAUGGCAUAGUCACAGAGAACGACAACGCGGUGCUCCUCGACCCCCCGCUGAUCGCGCUGGACAAAGAUGCGCCUCUGCGGUUUGCAGGUGAACGACGUGAAUGAGUACGCGCCCGUGUUCAAGGAGAAGUCCUACAAAGCCACGGUCAUCGAGGGGAAGCAGUACGACAGCAUUUUGAGGGUGGAGGCCAUGGAUGCCGACUGCUCCCCUCAGUUCAGCCAGAUUUGCAGCUACGAAAUCAUCACUCCAGACGUGCCCUUUACUGUCGACAAAGAUGGUUAUAUAAAAAACACAGAGAAGUUAAACUACGGGAAAGAACAUCAGUAUAAGCUGACCGUCACUGCCUAUGACUGUGGGAAGAAAAGAGCCACAGAAGAUGUUUUGGUGAAGAUUAGCGUUAAGCCCACCUGUGCCCCUGGGUGGCAAGGCUGGAACAAUAGGAUUGAGUAUGAGCCGGGCACAGGCGCGUUGGCCGUCUUUCCAAAUAUCCACCUGGAGACAUGUGAUGAGCCAGUUGCCUCAGUACAGGCCACAGUGGAGCUAGAAACCAGCCACAUAGGGAAAGGCUGCGACCGAGACACCUACUCGGAGAAGUCCCUCCACCGGCUCUGUGGUGCAGCCGCGGGCACUGCCGAGCUGCUGCCAUCUCCAAGUGGCUCCCUGAACUGGACUGUGGGCCUCCCCACCGACAAUGGCCACGACAGCGACCAGGUGUUUGAGUUCAAUGGCACCCAGGCAGUGAGGAUCCCGGAUGGCAUCGUGUCGGUCAACCCCAAAGAGCCAUUCACCAUCUCCGUGUGGAUGAGACACGGGCCUUUUGGCAGGAAGAAGGAGACGAUUCUUUGCAGUUCUGAUAAAACAGAUAUGAAUCGGCACCACUACUCGCUCUACGUCCAUGGGUGCCGGCUGAUCUUCCUCCUCCGUCAGGAUCCUUCUGAGGAGAAGAAAUACAGACCUGCAGAAUUCCACUGGAAGUUGAAUCAGGUCUGUGAUGAGGAAUGGCACCACUACGUCCUCAAUGUGGAAUUCCCGAGCGUGACUCUCUAUGUGGAUGGCACGUCCCACGAGCCCUUCUCUGUGACUGAGGAUUACCCGCUCCAUCCAUCCAAGAUAGAAACUCAGCUCGUGGUGGGGGCUUGCUGGCAAGAGUUUUCAGGAGUUGAAAAUGACAAUGAAACUGAGCCUGUGACUGUGGCCUCUGCAGGUGGCGACCUGCACAUGACCCAGUAUUUCCGAGGCAAUCUGGCUGGCUUAACUCUCCGUUCCGGGAAACUCGCAGAUAAGAAGGUGAUCGAUUGUCUGUAUACCUGCAAGGAGGGGCUGGACCUGCAGGUCCCGGAAGACAGUGGCAGAGGCGUGCAGAUCCAAGCACACCCCAGUCAGUUGGUAUUGACCUUGGAGGGAGAAGACAUCGGGGAAUUGGAUAAGGCCAUGCAGCACAUCUCAUACCUGAACUCCCGGCAGUUCCCCACGCCCGGAAUUCGCAGACUCAAAAUCACCAGCACAAUCAAGUGUUUUAACGAGGCCACCUGCAUUUCGGUCCCCCCGGUAGAUGGCUACGUGAUGGUUUUACAGCCCGAGGAGCCCAAGAUCAGCCUGAGCGGCGUCCACCAUUUUGCCCGAGCAGCUUCUGAAUUUGAAAGCUCAGAGGGGGUGUUCCUUUUUCCCGAGCUUCGCAUCAUCAGCACCAUCACGAGAGAAGUGGAGCCUGAAGGGGACGGGGCUGAGGACCCCACAGUUCAAGAAUCACUGGUGUCUGAGGAGAUCGUGCACGACCUGGAUACGUGUGAGGUCACAGUGGAGGGAGAGGAGCUGAACCACGAGCAGGAGAGCCUAGAAGUGGACAUGGCCCGCCUGCAGCAGAAGGGCGUCGAAGUGAGCAGCUCUGAGCUGGGCAUGACCUUCACAGGUGUGGACACCAUGGCCAGCUACGAGGAGGUUUUGCACCUCCUGCGCUAUCGGAACUGGCACGCCAGGUCCUUGCUUGACCGGAAGUUUAAGCUCAUCUGCUCGGAGCUGAAUGGCCGCUACAUCAGCAACGAAUUUAAGGUGGAGGUGAAUGUAAUCCACACGGCCAACCCCGUGGAACACGCCAACCACAUGGCUGCCCAGCCACAGUUCGUGCACCCGGAACACCGCUCCUUUGUUGACCUGUCAGGCCACAACCUGGCCAACCCCCACCCAUUUGCAGUCGUCCCCAGCACUGCGACCGUUGUGAUUGUGGUGUGCGUCAGCUUCCUGGUGUUCAUGAUCAUCCUGGGGGUGUUUCGGAUCCGUGCUGCACAUCAGCGGACCAUGCGGGAUCAGGACACCGGGAAGGAGAACGAGAUGGACUGGGACGACUCCGCCUUGACCAUCACUGUCAACCCCAUGGAGACCUACGAGGACCAGCAUAGCAGUGAGGAGGAGGAGGAGGAGGAGGAGGAAGAGGAGAGCGAGGACGGCGAGGAAGAAGAUGACAUCACCAGCGCAGAGUCGGAGAGCAGCGAGGAGGAGGAGGGGGAGCAGGGCGACCCCCAGAACGCGACCCGGCAGCAGCAGCUGGAGUGGGAUGACUCCACCCUCAGCUACUGACCCGCGCCCCCGGCCAUCUUGGUUUCUGCUUCCAAAGACUCUGCUGCCAUCUGUUCUCCCAGUCCCAAGGGUCCACGAUGUACAAAGUCAUUUCAGCCAGUAGGUGUGCAGACCCCUCCCCGCCACGAUUGUCGCCGUGCUUGGUGUGUAGGACCCUAGGCUCCCGCCUGCCCUCUGCCUGGUCGCUCUCUUCAGUCCCACGAGGAGCCGACACGUCCUCUCUGGCCGCCAUCCGGCUCGCACAGGGGCCUCGCAGCGCCUCAGGCCCUGCAUUUGUGUCUGGAGUCUCCCCCGCCCCGGGGAGAGGACGCUGGCCCCUCGCACUCCAGAAAAGCCAUGCCAGCUGGACUCGUUGACAAAGGGUAAAACAUGCUCACUCCCACCCGGUAAUCAUUUUUUUCUUUUUUAAAAAAAGUUUUUAUUUUUUCCAAACUAGUGCAUGUAUAAAUAAUGGCAGGAUGGGGGGUACUGUGUAGAUGAUUAACUGACUUUUUAAUAUUUUGUAAAUAAAUCGGAUUCCUUGUGUCCUUUGUGCUAGUGUAACCCGGGACUGGAAUGUAAAGUGAAGUUCAGAGCUCUGAGCACGGGCUCUUCCCACCGGGCCCUCCCUCCCCCGACGCCGAAGGGAGAGGCCCAGCCCCGUCCCAGCCCCGUCCCAGCCCCUGCUCAGGUCUGAGUGUGGCCGGGAGUCAGGGUCACAGGCCUUUAGCUGUGCUGCUCAAGAGACCGAACCAGGGCCGCCCUUUGGCAGCUACAAGUAGCCGGGCCUCACCUUUGGGAUUUGACCUGUUCCUAAUUUGGCGUGGGGUGCAGGGGUGCGGGGUCACUGGCCCUUUUCCACACUCCUCCGACAGCAGCUCCCUGUGCAGUGGCCUGGUCUCACCGUGUGCAGCCUUGUGGUUUAUGCUUAGAUGUGCAUUUCCCUGCUGGUAAAAGGAGAAACUGACAGGUGUCCUGCAGACCGGCUGACCACUCCCUUCGGAGAAGGCAGGAGGCCUGAGUGAUCUGUACUCGGAACGUCCAGCAGAGACCCAUGGCCUGAAGGCAAAGUGCUGGAAUUUUCCACAACAGCCUGUUCUCUCCUCUCCUCCUCCCCAGAGCCCCCGCCCCCGUGGGAUGCCUCCUGCCAUCAGGGGGGUUGAAAUCCCUCUCCCCCCAGGAGCCCUGCUGCUGUGUUCAGUGGUAGGGCAAAAGGAGAGAAAACAGUCAUGGUCUAAAAACCCACAUAGCACUUUGCUCUUAGUUACAUGUAAACUUUUAGAUUUCUGAAACGGGUGGGCAAUCAUUCUGAAUACUGUUCUGUGACCCUGACUGCUGGUUCUGAGGACACUGGUGGCUGUGCUGUGCUGUGUGUGGCCAUCCUCCAUGUCCUGUCCCUGUAGCUGCUCCGUUUAGACAGCGGACAGACGCUCACGCCCAGGGGAUGUCCUCAUGCUGUCACUGCGCGGUUUCCUUCGCAGAUGUGUAUAUUGAUGAUUGACAGGUCAGAAAGUGUAUCUGCUACAAUAAAGUUCUGGUUCUAACU